GAUUCUCGGUGCUGACUAUUCACAUCAAUGACGUUUCUCAAAAACUUUCCGAACUUUGAUCCCAAAAAUAAAUAAUCCAGUUCUUCACUUACACACUCAAGCACAUAUUUAAAAACGAACAACUCUCCUAAUGAUCCCCCGAUAACAUAAACUUUACGAGGUACUCUACAGAGUAUAUUACCUAUAACAACAAUAUGGAGCAAAGAAGUCUCCUCCGACUAUCACAACAUCUCAAACUCCCCUCCUUCCCACGCCACAAAUCCACAUCCAAUAAGCCAGGUCACCAAGCCCACCCCAUAGGCGACUACUACGCCUCGAUCCUCUCCUCUUCCUCCCCCAAAAUAUCCUCCGCACCUCCCACCACCGCCUCUCCCUCAAAUCCACCCAUAACCCCAUCUUCAACCCCUUCUCCCUCCUCACCAAGCGGCGCAGACCCGGGACCCUCAAUCCUCUUCUCCUCCCGUCUAUCCUCCCCUUUAGAGCGACGCUCCGAGAUCCUGCGCAAGAGUCAGCGAAUAGCCGGAGUCCUUGUUCCGCCACGCCCAGAAGAACCAGAUAAUUGCUGUAUGAGCGGCUGUGUGAAUUGUGUGUGGGAUCGCUACCGGGAUGAGAUCGAGGAAUGGGCUGCUGCUAAGAAGGAGGCGGAUAGGGCUUUGAAGAAAGAACGGAAGAAGAAGAGUGCUGCCGCUCUUGCCGAGGCGGCUGCGAGUAUGGAUGAUGAUGGGGGUGGGAGUGAGGGGAAUUGGGAUGUGGGAGGGGAGGAAAAGGGCGACGACCUGUUUGAGGGUAUUCCUGUAGGCAUAAGGGCUUUUAUGGCGCAGGAGAAGAAAUUGAAGGAGAAGCAUAUGAGAGAAAAGGCAGCGGGGUAAUGGAGGGUCGGAGAAGAGGGGCUAAUAAUGAGUAUUACAUAUGCGUGGAGGCUAUCGCUUCUCCUGACUUGGAUGCCAUUAAGUCAGAAGAUAAGAAGAGGAAGAACUACCUGAAAGAUUUUAUUACACAGGCAGAUAAGGGUGUUAUCAUGGAGUUUGUUAGAGACUGGAAUCGUGCUGCUUAAAGCCUAGAAGUUUAGAGGAAUGUA